AUGGCUACCACUGGCCCAUACCGCCGAUCUGCGGCAUCGAAAAAUGAGCGCGAGGUUAUCCCCGCCGACUUGAACAUCCCGGACAACUAUGUCCAACACACUCUGGAGACCACAAAACCCCUUCCCCCAGUCACGAUGCAGAAUUGGUGGAAAGAGCUCAACUAUCUCAAUUGUGUGCUCGUCGGCGUCACCCCGCUCAUUGCCAUCUAUGGUGCCUAUACCACCAAGCUCCAGUGGCAGACCGCACUCUUUUCCGUUUUCUGGUAUUUUGUAACUGGCCUCGGUAUCACUGCCGGGUAUCACCGGCUAUGGGCACACCGGUCCUAUAACGCUUCAAAGCCGCUCGAGUAUGCGCUGGCCAUGGCCGGUGCUGGUGCUGUCCAGGGUUCGAUCAAGUGGUGGUCCCGCGGACACCGUGCUCACCAUCGCUACACCGACACUGAUCUCGACCCCUAUGGCGCCCACCACGGCCUGCUCUGGUCCCACAUUGGCUGGAUGAUCUUCAAGCCUCGCCGCAAGCCCGGUGUCGCUGAUGUCUCCGAUCUCUCCAAGAAUGAAAUUGUCAGGUGGCAGCACCGCUACUACUUGUGGUUGAUUUUGCUUAUGGCAUUCGGUAUCCCAACCCUUAUCCCUGGUCUCUUCUGGGGUGACUGGCGUGGUGGUUACUUCUAUGCUGGUGCCGCGCGCCUGUGCUUCGUCCAUCACUCUACUUUCUGCGUCAACUCGCUCGCACACUGGCUCGGAGAGACUCCCUUCGAUGACAAGCACACUCCUCGGGACCAUCUUAUUACCGCCUUGGUUACCAUCGGCGAAGGCUACCAUAACUUCCACCACCAGUUCCCCAUGGACUAUCGCAAUGCCAUCAAGUGGUACCAAUAUGACCCCACCAAGUGGUUCAUCACUGCUAUGUCCUGGUUGGGCCUUGCCAGCCAUCUCAAGGUUUUCCCCGACAACGAGGUCAAGAAGGGCCAGAUGACCAUGCAGCUCAAGAAGAUCAAGGAAGUCUCGGAUAAGAUCGAGUGGCCAAAGAGCUCCAAUGACCUUCCAGUCAUUUCCUGGCACGAGUUCCAAGUCUUGGCUAAGGAGCGUAAUCUCGUUCUCAUCUCUGGCUUUAUCCACGAUGUCUCGUCUUUCAUGGAGGAGCACCCUGGUGGCAGGCAUCUGUUGACCAAGAUGGUUGGCAAAGACGCAACUACCGCGUUCUUCGGAGGCGUCUAUGAUCACUCCAAUGCCGCUCACAACUUGCUCGCCAUGAUGCGCGUCGGUGUCCUCCACGGUGGUCUGGAACUCGAGUCUGAGAAGGCUGUUCCUCCCUCACAGAAGAUCCGAGUUGUCUCUCAUUCCGAGCUCGCAUCUCUUACGAGCCCCAACGGUACCGAGGACAGCUUCAGUGGCAGCCGACCCCGACCUGCAUCUCCUCUUUCCGAUUUGGGAAGCGACCAGGGCCUCGCGUCGAGUCCUUCUAGCGGCGGCGAAGAAGAGGACAUGCCCAGGACACCCACAGCCGAGCUUAGCUUCGAGCUCCCAUCCACGACCAAGGCUUGA